AUGCCUAUUUAUGUGGCAGACCUGCUGCACCGUGAGCAUGGUUUGGACCGCGUGCUGGCGACCGAAACGGCCAACAACUAUCUGGCCGCUUUUCGGCGCUGCCCGGACAAUCCGGACAUGGCGUUGGUGCAGUGGCGCUCGCAGCUCUGGAACGACGUGCUGCCCGUAACGCACCAGCACCUGGCCGGUGAGCUAUACGGUCGCUGGCUCGAGUGGCGCUUCCGCUACCUCGCGCUUCCGUCCGAAGUGCAGACGAUGCUGCAAACGCUGCGCCUGCAGUAUCUACUCGGCGUCAUCACCAACGGGCCGACCGCUGCGCAGUGGGAGAAGAUUGACAGACUAGCGUUGAAUAAAUACUUUGACUGCAUUUUGGUAUCCUCUGACUUACCGUGGGCCAAGCCCGAUAGAAAUAUCUUUUACGCAGCUUGCCACUAUCUAGGUGUUGCGCCCGGCCAGUGCGUCAUGAUAGGAGACAAGCUCGAGACCGACAUUCAGGGCGGCAUUGAGGCCAACCUGGGAGCAACGGUUUGGCUGCCGCUGCCCAUGGAGCAACGCCUUUGCGGCGAUCGCACGAUAGAUGACGUUCCGGAACACGUGCGGCCCGACGCUACGGUGGACAGUGUGCUCAAACUACCGGGCUUGUUGCCACCGUCCACUUCAUUCCGUGUACGAGGCACCGGGGCCAUAACGACGACGGCCAUGGAUGAACGGAUGCGGCAGCAGAAAACUACGCGCAAUCGGGCGGCCCAGUACAACCGUAUCCUGCCCGACAUACCCGAUCUUUACAGCUCGUACAGCAGCUCCAGCAACGACUGCAGCCAGCACAGCAACGGCAGCACCGGAAGCAGCAGUAGUAGCAGCUGAAUUGUAGGGCACCCAGCAGCGGCUGGUUUUUUUCAUGGCCCCGGGCCAUGGUGAGGAUGCACGGUGGAAGGAAUGGAAUGGAAAGAUGAAGGGUCGUCUUCCACUUGCUAGGAGCAUCGGGCGCGGUCCGGGUGUGUUAACUACGUACCUCCUGUUCUUCCGGGCACUGCUCGACCGACCGACCGACCGACGGACGACAGAAACACCUCGCUCCGAGUGCACUACCACUGUCUGCGUCUCCCGCGCGUUCAGGUCGUCCUGUAAAAUGCUUUUGUAUAACUUUAAUUUGUAAUUUCCGAAGCGCUAUCUUUGUCACCUUCGCCCAAAAAAUAUGUGCUCACUGCUGUUGUGUCAGCCCUGAAGUCGUCGCUGAAACCAGCGGAGGUUGCUAGAGAACAGCAAAGGUUGCUAGAAGACAAAUGCAUCGGCAGAGCGAAACAUGUACACAUGUAGAUAGAAUCUAAACAACUUUUAUACUACACACUGCACAGGCCAUCGAAGGAGGCGGCACUUGGGCCAUUAUUGCUAAACUUUGCUUCACACUAGGGAUGACGGCGCUCUGCCCAUUGGCAUUGCAUAUUUGUCAAACUACUGAGUGCGUAAGUCUGGAGAGCGCAGUGCGUUCUAUUCGAGUUCUUACAUAGGAAAGUACCUGAUCUGACCGAGAAACAAAUAGCGCAGCAACUAAAAUAAGGCCACUUUGAGGGGCUCUUAUCAAAACCAAACACAUAAGAAAACAAAUAGAGUAGUAUCUUAUUUUAAUGAAGCAAAAUAUUUUCCUCUGUCACUCUCUGUGGGCAGAAAAGCAACCGAACAAAAAUUUCAAAAGAAAUCCCCAAAUCAAACAUGAAAAUCCCCAAUGUGGUUAAUGGAUUACGACACUAAGAGAGACUUGAAACCAAAACUAACGAGAAUGUAGAAUUCUCCAACCUUCUCACCACAUUUCCAUUCUUAAAAGCAAGAAAAGGCCUGUCGUCGAUCGUAAACACUACAACGUACGUGCCAUUGAUGCCAACUGCACUCUACUUUUCCACGAGAAUAUCAUGUAGUAUCACAGUAAUUGCGGAUACCAUGGAAUCGGAAUAUUGUACAACAGUGUUAAGGCUAAAAGAUGAAGGUAAACGUAAAACUAGACACACGGAACACGACAUAGAAUGUUACGCGGAAAAUUGUAAAAAUUGUAAACCGUCGGCAAUCUAUCUGGCGGUUUGGAACAGAUAGGAUCAAAAAACGGUUCGGUUUGGUGGGGUACUGGGGGACCGUUUUUGGAAUGCAAUUAAAAAUUUUUUUCUUAAUAACAAAAUGACUCAUAAUUUGGGCGUUCACGUUCGCGGUCCACCAUUCAUUCAUUUCGACACUGGAUGACACAAUCUUUUGAUGAAAAAGGAUCGAUUCGGUACAUUAAACAGUAAAAGCGCGAAAUGCAUUUUUACAUAAUGUUCAUUUUUGUCUUUUUAUCUUAGUGUUAUCCUGAAAUAUGCUUUUACUACUUCUCAAUAAAGGAGCUUUGCUUUUCCUCGGCA